AUGUUAUAUUGUAUUUCCAGGAAUGGUAAAAGCGAUCCGUAUUGUGUACUGAAAGUAGAUAAUGAAAUUAUUUCAAGGACUGCCACUGUAUAUAAGAAUUUAGAACCAUUAUGGGCUGAAGAAUAUACAUUACAUAUGCCAUAUGAUUUUACAGAUUUAUCAGUUUCUGUGUAUGAUGAAGAUAGAGUCAGUGGAGAUGAUAUUAUUGGUACUGUUUCAAUAACUAAAGAUAUCAUAAAGAAACUUAGUGAUCCGAGAGGUUUAGAGAACUGGUUUCCACUACAAAAAGCUGAUAAAGAUUGGGAAAUACAGGGUGAAAUAUUAUUAGAAUAUGGUAUAAAGCCUUCUGAUUCUUCUCCUCAAAAUUACAUCUUUUAUAUUACCAUUGAAGAGGGCAGAGAUUUGGCACCAAAAGACAAAGAUGGUUAUUCAGAUCCAUAUGUCACUGUUCAAUGUUUAGAUGAAACUAGAACUACAGCUCGUCAGAAGAAAACAAGAUUUCCAGAAUGGCAUGAGAGGUUUGAAUUUGCUUUACCUGGUGUUUAUGAAUAUCAUGAAGUAGUAUUAACAGUUUAUGAUAAAGAUAGACUUCGUAGUGAUGAUUUUAUGGGUCAGCUGGUAGAAAGGAUCCUUGUGAACUUAAAUUGCUAUCCUUGUAAAAAUUGGUUGUUCAUUCUUUAUUGUUGUAUCCAUCACCAUUUAUAUUUUGACCGAGGUAAAAUAAGAUUAAAGAUAUUUCUAUUAGAAGAAAUAGUUCUACCAUUACCAGCAUAUCAACCUAUUAUAGAUGUUUUAACAGAUGCUGCCAAACCUCAUAAGAAAUUUGGAUCGAUAUUUUGGGGAGUACUGAAUGAAGUUAGACAGUUAGAUUUAAAUGAGACAGCUGGAGCAUUGGUACGAUUAUAUCUAAGUCAAGAUACAGCUAUAUCAUUUCUAGAUUGUAUAACUAAACUAGAUAUAGAUGAUACAGAUGAUCCUCAUACGUUGUUCCGUGGUAAUACGCUUGGUACUAAGGCUAUGGACCAGUUCAUGAAGAUAGUUGGUAUGCCAUAUUUAUAUGAAACACUAUAUAGUACAAUAGAUAGAAUAUUUAACGAAAGAAAAACGGUAGAAUUAGAUCCACAUAGAGUCAAUAGUGUUAGGAGACGUCAUAGUUUACAUAAAGAAUCUGAAAAUGAUAUUCUACAGAAUAGUCAAGAUCUUUUACAACAUUACAUGGCAGACGUCAUGGAAGCCAUCUUUAAUUCUGUUGAACAAUGUCCACUUAAAAUGAGACUAGUAUUUAGAAAUUUAACACAUCGAGUCAAAGAAAAAUGGCCGGAAACUGAACAUCAGGACUGUCCUUAUCAAGCUGUAGUUGGUUUUUUAUUUUUGAGAUUUUUUGCCCCAGCAAUAUUAGCUCCUAAAUUAUUUGGUUUACAAGAUCAUCAUCCAAAUGUUAAAAUAUCACGAACUCUUACAUUAUUGGCUAAGUUAACCCAGCUAAUUGGUAAUUUAACCUCAUUUCAAGUUAAAGAAGAGUGGUUUCAACCAUUAAUACCUAUAUUAAAAACUUAUGUUGUUAAAAUAAAAGAUUUUAUAAAUAAAUUAGUAGAAGUAGCAGCACCAGAUGAAGAAGGCAGUGUAAUAUUACGUCAUGGAGUUUUAUAUAAAUGUCGCUAUCAUCCCAAACGUUUACUCCGUCCAUUUGUAUUUAAAAAACGACAUUUCUGGUUGACAAGAAAAUGUCUUCAUUAUUCUAAAACAGCAGCUGUUGAUGGUAAUUCCAAGUUUUUAGAUGUACAGACUAUCUGUGCUGUCGAGAAAAUAGAUUAUGGUGCUCUAGGUAAAAGUAAUGUUGGUCAGAUUAUUGUUAAAAGUAAGGAUGGUGAACAAGAUAUACUUUACUUUCAAGCUAAGGAUGUCAAUGAAGUGACUAAUUGGAUAUCAUCAUUACGUAAAACAUGUCAAUAUAAUAAAUGUCGAGUAUCAUCAUAUCAUCCUGGUGUUUAUAAACAUGAUAAAUGGACAUGUUGUCAUAAACAGCAAACAACAGCUCCAGGUUGUAAUCAGACAUAUCAUGGAGUAAUUAUUGGUGAUUGGCAGGAUCCCUUAGAUACAGCACGUGAAGCUCAAAUUAUAACCUCUCAAUUUUAUCAUGGUUUAUAUAAACUACAGUAA